AUGGGUCUUAAGAGGGACAGUAAAAUGAAAACCAUCGCUUUCGCUUUUGUCGCGUUGCUGGUCGGUGUUAACGCCGUACAUAAUGUUGUUCCAAAAGCUGAUGUAAGGAACGAAAAAAUUAUCGAUGGAAUUAUUAUUGGCAUCAUUGAAAGUAUUGCUCAGCAAAUCCAGGACUUAGGACUCGACCCGCUGGAAAUUGGCAGAUUUGUUGGGGAAUACACUUUCCCCGUAGAUGGAAUCUUCAGAGGCAGCGUUUCCAUUGAGAACUUCGAGUUGUCUGGCCUUAGCAACAUUGUCAUUAAUGAAGUCAGCUUCCAAGGCAACACGUUGAGCCUCGACUUGGCACUUCCCAGUAUUGAUGGUUCUGCUGGUAAGUUAAGUAUUAAAGGUCUUCGCAUCGCUGGCCAGGUCACCCUUGGUACUGAAAAACUAAUCGACGAUUUGAAUCUUGGGUUUAGCCUUGGAGGAAUUGAAUCUGACCUCAAUGUUAACAUCAUGGGUUACGAUAUCUCCAACCGAUUGAAUGAAUAUCUUGGUAACACCCUGCCUUCCCAGCUCAACAAAUAUGAGGAACAACUUAACAGUGUUCUCGCAAACAUUAUCCUGAAAGUCUUGGAUCGCCUUUUGGAUUAA